CGAGCCGCUUCCGGAAGGGUCCGGAGCCAGCGAGACGUCGGUCCUCCUGGUGGGCUAGAGCGGCGCCCCCCGCCGGGCGCCCGCGGCCAUGGAGGACGAGAAGAGCUAUUCGGAUAUCUGCGGCGGGCGCCUGGCCCUGCGGCGCCGCUACUACUCGCCGUACUGCCGCGAGUUCGGCCUCAGCUCGGCUCGGCUGUCGCUGCGCUCGCUCACCGCGGUCACCUGCGCCGUGUGGCUGGCGGCCUACGGACUCUUCACGCUGUGCGAGAAUAGCAUGAUCCUCUCUGCUGCCAUCUUCAUCACCAUCAUAGGCCUGCUUGGUUACCUCCACUUUGUGAAGAUUGAUCAGGAGACUCUAUUAAUCAUCGAUUCACUUGGCAUCCAGAUGACUUCAUCCUAUGCUUCAGGCAAAGAAAGUACCACCUUCAUAGAGAUGGACAAGGUCAAGGACAUUAUCAUCAAUGAGGCUAUUUACAUGCAGAAGGUGAUCUACUACCUCUGCAUUUUAUUGAAGGAUCCAGCAAAGCCACAGGAGAUAUCCCAAGUAGUUCCUGUCUUCCAGAGUGCCAAGCCCCGGUUGGACUGCUUGAUUGAAGUAUACAGGAGCUGCCAGGAGAUUCUGGCACACCAGAAAGCCACAUCAACAAGCCCAUGAAUCUCAGCAUUCAAAGACCACUAUUGUCUUUAUGGGAGAGGACUCCUAAACCAUAGUGGCUGGUUUAUUUUCUGUACUGUAAAAAUUAUUAGGUGGACACAGUCCUGGGACUCAAAUGGAUGAGUAGACCUCAGAGCCAUAGAGGAGGCAGCUGGAACUUGACUCAGUAUUUUGAUGUCUUAGUUACCCUGCUGGGCAGUGGUGACACACACCUUUAAUCCCAGCACUCGGGAGGCAGAGGCAGGCGAUCUCUGUGAGUUAGAGGCCAGCUGGGUCUACAGAGUGAGUUCCAGGACAGGCUCCAAAGCUACGUGGAGAAACCCUGUCUCGAAAAACCAAAAAUAAAUAAAUAAAUAAAUAAAUAAAUAAAUAAAUAAAGUUACCCUUAUAGGUUUUAUCUACAUUACUAAUCAAGGGGAGACCUUAAGGAUUUUGACACUAGGCCAGGGAUAGUGGUACAUGCCUUUAACUCUAGGAUUCAAGAGGCAGAAGCAGGUGAUUUCAAGUUUGAGGCCAUCCAGGGCUACAUAGUGAGGACUGUUCCCCUGUCCCCCCCCCCCCCCAAGGGUAAUGUACAGGAAGAACACUCUGUGAAAUUUCUAAGCACAUUCAUAUUUGUGUUAAAAAUCUGUGGACUAUUGAAACUGGUACCAGAUUCUACAAGAAAAGUAUAAUUUCCAUCUGCAUGAACUCUUGUCUAAAAGCUAGGGAAAAAAGUAAGUCACGUUUUCUUAUGUAUGAAUUAGCAGGAGUAAAAUGCUUUACAUGGCUAGCCUCUGUCCACCUAGCUCCUAUGAUCUGUGCAGGAUGAUUCUUAAUCCAUGGCUUAGCCAGGGGUGGUGUGGAUGCCAGUAAUCCCAGCACCCAGGAGGUGCCAAUAGGAGGAGUGAAAGUUUGAGGCCAGCCUGGGCUCCAUGAUGAGGCACUGUCUCAAAUUCUAAAAUAAAUAAAUAUCCAAAACACAUAGUAGUUGCCUGGUUCACUGACAGCUUUUUAUUGACAAGAAGGCAUAGCAUUUCAGCCAUGGGUGUCAAGCAUAUUAGUACCUUCCUGUUACUUGGUAUUUUCUAUUGCUUCAAAAGCUGCUUUGGCCAGAGAGGGCUUAGAUGAGAGUGAGAGAUUUCAUGUUGGUUCCCAGACAUGGGACUGUCAUGUUAAAGGAUGAAGAAGGCACUUCUUAGAUUCCUAGAGCUCAGGAAGGAGAAGAGGAGCUGGGCUAGGUGGUGCACACCUUUAAUCCCAGCACUCGGGAGGCAGGUGGAGCUCUGAGUUCAAGGCCAGCCUGGUCUACAUAGUGAGUUCCAGGACAGCCAGGACUUCCUAGUGAGACCUUGUCUUCAAAAGGAAGGGAAGGAAUGAGAAGAGGAAAGAAAAUUUAAAGAGAGAGAAAAGGAGGCAGCUAAUCUGACCUCCAAGUCUGGUGCAAACAGUUCCAUUCUUUGGAACUCUAUUCACAAAAGCAACCCGAGAGUAGAUCACAUCCUUUUUGGCUUUCAGGGCUACUUGGGAUGUGGCCCACUGGAACUGCACUCUGCCUUUCACACUGGCCUUGAAGGAGUGGUCCAGGACCUAUAGUGAUGUGGCUUGAGGUAGACCUGUGUCGACUAGAACCCCAGUUCUGGGGCACGAGUUGGGGCUGGAACAGACAUGGCUGCCUGCCUUGCAAGUCAGCCUUGUUUAGGUCUUUAGAGUUCUGUGUCAGUUCAAAGGAUGAGAAAAGGAAGGUUACAGCAGCUGAGGCAUCGGACAAAUAUGGUAAUUCGGGCUUGGCAGUUUUUUGUAGUGUGUGUCACACACACUAUUGGGUUAAAGGCUUAUUUCCUGGGGGCUGGUCCUAUCCCCUCAUCCAUGUUACUGGGAGAUGAUAGAACUGCCUUAGAGCUGCACAAUAAACUUAGUUGUUUUUUUUUAUAUGUUGGAAAAUCAAA